CGAGAUCUUCAUUCGCAAUUAGGGAAAAAGUCAAGAACCUUAGUGCAAAACAAAGAGUUCAAAGGUAUUAAAUUGACAGAUACCCAACUUUAGAGUCCAUUUUUGCAAUAAAACUCGAAGAAAAAUAUGCCCGUUCUUCCAAAAUCCCGAUGAACAAACGUCCCGAGGUAUCAAAUUCAACGCAGAGAGAUAACCAAACCAUCAGUGAAAUCUUAACAUUUCGAUGGAGGAUUCACAAGAUGUCUGCGAUUCCGUUGAAAGGGAUAACAUUGAUGGGCGGCGGAAAGGCGGCUGAUGUUCUCCUGUGGAAGAGGCAACAUAUUUCAUGGGGCAUCAUUGUUGUUGCAACUGUUGCGUGGCUAAUAUUUGAGCGAUCUGGAUUAUCGUUCUUAACAAUCUGUUCCAAUGUUCUGUUGUUCUUGAUCGUACUGCGGUUUCUACAUGCCAAUUAUGCUUCUUUCAGGGAUAAACAAAUCCAGACAUUACCUGAACUCGUAUUGUCGGAGGAGAUGGUUAAUUAUGCUGCUGCAUCUUUUCGUAUGAAAGUAAAUUAUUUGUUACUUAUGGCACAUGACAUCACCCUUGGCAAGGACUUCAGGCUCUUUUUCAUGGUGGUGGGGUUUCUGUGGAUCUUAUCUGUUCUUGGGAGUUUAAUAUCUUUCUUCACGAUUGCAUAUAUAGGAACGAUUCUGUCAGUUACCUUACCUGCAUUGUAUAAUAGAUAUGAAGAGCAAGUAGACAGAUGUGCUGGAAGUAUCCACCGAAACUUUUCAAGGCAUUACAAGAUAGUGGAUGACAAUGUUAUGAGCAGAUUCCCAAGAAAUGUAGUACCCAAGGAUAAACCAAUGUAAUUCUAUUAACACUUCCAUUUAAAACAUUACAUGUAUAAUAACAUUCAUUCGCAAUUCCUUGCUUGUUUUUUUUUUUUUUUUAGUU